GCGAGUGUCGUGGUGCUGGUCGCCGCGCUCGCCUCCACCUGCACACACCCGACCGACCGUGGCCGCCGGCCGCCCCCAGCCGCCCCAAAAAUGACCGUGUCCUAUUCCUGUGAAGUGGCCAACGCGUCCAGUUUCGGCUGCUUCUGGCGAAUCCUCCUCAAAUGGAAAGGCAGCGUUUACAAAUUGAUCUACAGGGAGCUCCUCGUCUACCUUAGCUUUUAUUACGCCAUUAAUCUCGCCUAUAGACAUGUUAUGAACACAGAACAAAAAGAAACUUUUCAAAGGGUUCGAAAGUAUUUUGGCGAGCAGACGGAAAGCAUCCCGAUGUCAUUUGUGCUCGGCUUCUACGUCACACUGAUAGUCAAGCGGUGGUGGGAACAGUACAGACUGCUGCCCUGGCCGGACUCGAUGGCCCUCUUCGUCAGCGCCGCCAUUCCCGGACAGGAAGAGCGCGGGCGGCUGAUGCGCCGAAACAUUGUUCGCUACUCGAUGCUCAGCUACGUCAUCACCCUUCAACACGUCAGCCUCAGGGUGAAGCAACGCUUCCCCACCUGGCAGCACAUGGUGGACGCAGGUUUGAUGAUGGAAAGCGAGAAGAAGAUCUUUGACCUGAUGGACGAAAAGACGACGAUGGCCAAGUACUGGAUGCCGCUGGUGUGGGCGACCAACAUCAUCAACCGGGCGCGCAAGGAGAACAUGAUCCAGAGCGACCACGUCGUGCAGACCAUGCUGCAAGAACUGUCCGACAUCAGACGGAGGCUCGGCUCUCUCAUCGGCUACGACACGGUCUGCGUCCCGCUCGUUUACACGCAGGUAGUGACGCUGUCCCUGUACACUUACUUCCUAUCAGCCCUGUUGGGCCGUCAGUGUUUAGACAGCGACAUAAUCGACCUCUACUUUCCAAUCUUCCUAAUGUUCCAAUUUUGCUUCUACAUCGGGUGGCUGAAAGUGGCCGAGGUGCUGAUCAACCCCUUUGGAGAGGACGACGACGACAUCGAACUCAACUGGCUCAUUGACCGACACAUCAAGGCCGGGUACAUGAUCGUGGACGAGAUGCAUGAGGAGCACCCUGAGCUGCUGAAGGACCAGUACUGGGAGGAGGUGGUGCCGCGCGACCUGCCCUACACGGUGGCCUCCGAGCACUACCGCCGAGACGAGCCCAAGGGCAGCGCCCAACUCUACAGGGUCAAGGAGAGCGACGCCGUCUAUGCCAACAUGCUGCCCUCCAGCACCAAAGCAAACCACGAGGACGUCUAUGCAGACUAUGAAAGCGUGGACACGCCGUUGGUGGAGCGUCGGAAGAAUUGGUUCCAGCGGCAGUUGCACCGCAUGGGCAGUUCGCGCUCGUCGAGCACCGCCUACUCGUCGGGGUUGUUCCGCGGGGGCGGCGGCGGCAGGGUGCGCAACACGUCCAUCUCCACCAACAUCUACUCGACGACCAACGAGACGGGCCCGACGCACCUCGCCGUGCCCUCGGCCAUGCCCAGCCAGGCGCACAAACUCUCCUUCUACGACCGCAUCCUCAACCGCAAAUCCGGACGCGGACAAAUCAACAGAGCCAUCGGCAGACAAGGAACAACCAAAUUGAACGGUUCAGCGAUUCCGCCCUCGCUGAAGAACAGGCCGCGCAUUCCGACGCCGGACGUGACUCGGGAAAUGAUCGACGGUCACCGCAACAGCAUUUACCCGACGGCGCCGCCGAUUUCGCCGCCAAUCUCGCCCACGCCUCUUGACAAAGAUUAUCUUCAAGAAUCGGCGUCUCAAGAAGUUGACCACAAUAACAUUACCAGCAGACCAUUCACGCCAACGUCAGAAAUGCCAGCAGUUGUCCAGGUUCUUCUGCCGAUCAAAGAGCAGGACGUGCCGGUGGUGGUGGCGACCUCGGCCAAGGGGGUCAACACGCAGCAGCUGGCCAAGGCGGUCUUCAACAACGUGUCCCUGCCCGUCCAGCUGAACCACCUGACCCUGUCGCCCGCCCAGCUGGCCGUGAUGGCCUCCCUGCCCGCCAACAUGUCCUGCGAACCGGACCUCAAGGAGGGCGUCCGGAUCACGGAGCUCGACCCGUCCGGCGAAAUCACAGACCGAAAGUCGAGCGUCUCCUCCACCUCCAGCGGCAACAACAACUCAAACCACACCAAGAGAGGCGAGGUCUACGUCUGAACAAGAGAAGAAAAUUCAACAAUUAAUUGUGUGCCUUUUUGUAUUUCAUAAGGAGAACCCCCGUGAAUUGCUCAUAUUUAGUAAAUAAGGUUUGAUUAUUUUAUUCUCAUUAUUUUUUUUAAUUAAAUGUACAUGAAUCUUGUGUAUAGUCAUAUAUUUUAAUAAAUUAAAACGCUUUUUGAAGCCCAUACUUGUCUACUUGUCGGUCUUUGAUCAUUUUAAUUUAAGUCUAUUUUUUUUCAUCAAAACAAUUUAGACCGCACUGUGAAUGCUUUGUAUAAGUGAUACAUUAUUAUUCAUGUACAGAUUUACAAAAUAAUUGCUUAAGCUGUAUUGUGAUAGACGAGCGCGAAUGAUAUUUUGGUGAUACAUUUACUGUGUAUUUAUAUAAUGAGCAUUGAAUUUUUUUAAAUGUAGAACGCUUUGAAGAUUAAUGUAAUUUCUUGUGAUUCACAAUAAUCAUAUUGAUUUUAUUAUAUUAAACAGAGA